AUGUCCGGAUACCCUGGACAAGGCUACGGAGGCUCGGGAGGGCAUCACGGCCAGCCGCCUGCUCCCUACGGAGGCGGGGGUUACGGCCAGCCUCCCCCUCAGCAACAAUACGGCUACGGCCAACCGCCGCCGCAGCAGCAGCAGUAUGGAUACGGUCCCCCGCAGCACCAGGCAUACCACCAGCAGCAACACCAGCGCCCCUCCGGCCCUCCGCCGCAGGGCUACGACGCCUACGGCUACCCGAUCAACCACGGCCCUGGCUACGGCGGAUCGGCCCCGAAUCGCGCGGCCCCGGCCCCACCCUCGGGCACCCAGGCGUUCGGCCACGGCGCGCCCCAGGGUUAUACCUUUCAGUACUCCGCCUGUACCGGUCGCCGCCGGGCCCUGCUAAUCGGCAUCAACUACUUUGGUCAGACCGGCGAGCUGCGCGGCUGCAUCAAUGAUGUCAAGAACCUGUCCAGGUUCUUAAUGGAGCACCACGGCUACCGCCGCGAGGACAUGGUGACCCUGACCGACGACCAGGCGGACCCCGUCAUGCACCCCACUAAGGCCAACAUCAUCCGUGCCAUGCAGUGGCUCGUCAACGGCGCCCAGCCCAACGACGCGCUCUUCCUACACUACUCGGGCCACGGUGGCCAGACCCAAGACCUCGACGGCGACGAAGAGGACGGCAAUGACGAAGUUAUCUACCCCGUCGAUCACAAGCAGGCCGGCCACAUCGUCGAUGACCAGAUCCACGAGCUCGUCGUGCGCCCCCUGCAACCCGGCGUGCGCUUGACCGCCAUCUUCGACAGCUGCCACUCGGGAUCCGUCCUCGACCUACCGUACCUGUACAGCACUAAGGGCGUGCUCAAGGAGCCCAACCUUGCCAAGGAAGCCGGCCAGGGCUUGCUCGAGGCCGUCGGCCACUACGCUCGCGGUGACAUCGGCAGCGUUGCGAGCACUGUUUUCGGGUUAGCCAAGUCGGCUAUGCGCGGGAACGAUGCGUAUGAGCGCACCAAGCGCACCAAGACCUCUCCCGCCGACGUCGUGAUGUGGAGUGGGAGCAAGGACGACCAGACUUCAGCCGAUGCAACGGUUGCGUCCAAGGCCACGGGUGCUAUGUCGUGGGCCUUCGUGACUGCCCUCUCGCAGAACCCCAAGCAGAGCUACGUCCAGUUGCUCAACAGCAUCCGUGACGUGCUCGAGACCAAGUACACUCAAAAGCCCCAGCUGUCGUGCAGCCAUCCACUUGAUACCGAUCUCCUUUUUGUCAUGUGA